ACACUUGUCUCAGGUGUCACCAAGAAGCUCUUUAUAAACGAGCAUAAUUUGAAGAAGUGAGCAGACUCCUGGAGAGCCAUAAUCUGUUAAGUCCCGACGCUGACUCAGACAGACAUCACCUUGAGCCAUGCGAUUCAGCCUGCUUUUUUUCCUUGUGUUCCUCAGCGUCCUUUAUCUCAGCCUGGCACAAGGCUUGUAUGAGGACUGCUGCCUAUCGUAUGUAAAGGAGGUUAAAGUGGCCACCAAGAGAAGAGUGGUUAGUUACAGAAGACAGGAGCAGGAUGGAGGAUGUAAUCUUUCUGCAGUAGUGUUCAAGCUGAAGCGAGGUCAGCUGUUUUGUGCUAGACCAGGAGACAAAUGGGUGCAAGACCUCGUGAAACACAUUGACAAAAAAAUUCAGAAGUGGAAAUCAAUUUCAGCAAAAAGACGCUAUAAACAGGCUAAAUAGUGACAGCGAGAACCUAAAAGCUCGAAGAUUUCUGUGUCCAGUUUGUGAUGGUUCCACCUACUGUCUUAGAUGAGCUUUGGUGUGCUGCCUACCCUACAUCCAUUUCAGCCAGGACGCAGUAGUCUUUUCAGUACUUCCUGUACAUUGCUGCUAUUACCACCCUGUACUAUACUAUACUAUACUAUACUAUACUAUACUAUACUAUAUACUUAUCUUCUGUAAUGUUUUUUAUGGCUCAGUGCACAGGUCCAGCCAUGCAUGUGUGAGCAAGAAGGAUAUGCGACCUAGUUACUGAAUGAUUAAAAAGCAUCUAUAAGUGCUAUUUUUUUUUAAUGGCUGAUGCUUUCACAACUGUUAUAAUCCGCACUAUAUUAGAAAGGUGGGUGGAAAAGUUUUGCAAAUAUUCUAACCAAAUAUUCUGCCAUAUCGUUAUGAGAUUAUAGCAUGUGUCUCGCUUAAAGUAACUGCUGAACUUGUGUGCAUAUUGAGUAUUGUGUGAUUAUGUAUAUAAGCGGUAUACUUUUACUCAUUCCCUACAGUUUAAUGACUUUCCUUCGAUCAGCUAUGUAAUAUUUCGCAAUUUGUUUCAUUUUCAAGGAUUAUCGAUGAGAACUGUGUACUUCAAGGUAAUAAAGUAAAAAGGAAAUGACUUUGGACUAUUAGUUUAACGUUCCGAGUUUCUGAAAAUAUCACUGUCACCUUUAUUACUUUUGCUACUUUCACUCUGAACAAUGCACCUUUUGAAAACGUUUUUUAUUGCAACAAUAACGUUGUAAAUGUUUGACCUUUGCUGAUCCUUUCUGCCAUGUUCUCUUCUGCUGCUCUUCUGAUAAAGUAUAUUAUUGCUACUAAAUAAUUAUCAUAUUACUCUCAGCGUGUGAGUACUUUUUGAUGAUAUUUGUCAUGUGUUGUUGAAGAAAUAUAUCUUAGACUCUUAAUGUCAGCCCUUUAUCGGCCAUUUUAUGUGGAAUUCCUGAAAGACGUAAACAUCCCCUCUAUGUAUGUAAUAUAUUGCACUGUGCUAUAUCAGCUCAUUACUGAAAAUGUGAUAUUGAAAAUGAUGAUUAAAUAAAUAGCUAAAUGGACAA